UAAUGCUGAGAGAAGGAAAAAUAAGGCGACUAACAAAAUUCUAUUAACUAUAAACGUUGCUACGGGACACAUUCCUAACAAAUUUAUCGUUAAACGAACAACUAACUGGUGCAUACCUUGUGAGGCAUUCCGUGAAGAUUUAGUUCCUCUUCAGAAUACGACCAAAGCGGAUGUUCAUUACAGGACGUCUAGUUCGUUGAACUUUGUUGGAUACCAAGAACAGUGCUAGGAGUGUACUUAGAGUGUUUCAAAAAGAAAAGAAAAAAUUGUUGGCCUUACCGUGUGCAAAUAAGGAAACUGUAAUGUCUCGUUUGGCUCAUAAAGAUCCUUCUGGAUUAACUCGAUCAAAUUCAUUGGAAAAGCGGAAGCCAUUUUCCCGACCGAUUAUCAACAAAGGUCGCUUCGAGCCGGGAAGUGUUACAACUAGAAUGGCCAGUCCAACGCCAAACGAUUCGAAUUUGCUGUUGAGACAGAAUCAGGAUCUGCGUCAACGUUUACAGGACGAGGCUAGUAACUACCGAAAACGAUUGGACACCUAUAAACAGGCUCAACAAAAUCAGGCCGCUUUGGUUGGACGAUUGCAGAAUAAAGUGUUACAGUACAAGCAAAGAUGCAAUGAUUUGGAGGGCAAGAUUCACGAUGUAUUACCGAUAACACCACGAACUGGGUCAAGUACUACGGCAUUGCCUCUGCCCGCUACAAGUUAUUCUGCAGCUCCAAUUAGUCUCCCUUGUACAUCGUCUGUUGAACAUUCUGCCCCUUUGCGGGAAUACCAAGAUGAUCAUCACGACGACCUUGCUAGGCGAUUGGAAGAUGAAAAGCACCGGUGUGAACAAUUACUGUCACACAAUAACAUCUUACGUCAACAACUGGAGGAAUCUCAUCGCACUAACGAAGCACUAACCAAUGAUUUGCAAAAACUGACAACCGAUUGGGAACAUUUACGAGAUGAUGUCAUUGCUAAAGAGGAUGAAUGGAAAGAAGAAGAACUCGCAUUCAAUGAAUACUACAACUCCGAACAUAAUCGAGUGUUGAAUAUGUGGCGUGAUGUUGUGUCCGUAAAGCGUCUCUUUAAGGACAUGCAAAUUUCGAUAAAGUCCGAAUUGGGUCGUAUGCGUAACGACAUUAGUGGAGCGAAUCGAGAAGUUGCUGGCGCCUGCGGAGGUGUAUCCGUUAAUAUCAAGCAAGCACUUCGUAAUGAGGAAGCCCAUCAAAUGCAAAUUGAUCGUAUGAACGCUGAGCUACGAUCCCAGCUGAACAACUUGAAGACCCAAUAUGACAACAGCAAAAUUGAAAUUUCGCAACGAGAUCAGCGUUUACAAGAGCUAUUGCUUGACCUGAAAACACUCGAAGAUCGGUGCAUUCAAGCCGAAAGCCAAGCUUCACAGAACAACCGACUAAACGAUGAAAUCGAGCGCUUGAAUGUAGCACUACGCGAUAUUGCUCAUGUGGUUGUACAUGAUGCUGACGCUGGCGGUGAAAUUGACUCAGCUGCUCAACAUCUUCAUUUGUCUCAGGGUGGUAUAGCUGCAGCCCCUCGAUCACCGAAACGUGGCGGUGUUCGUACGUCUCAGGCAUUCGCCGAAGGAACUAUAUCAGCUGUACAGGCAGCUCUCCACAAAUACCAGCUGCUGUUACAUGACCUUCACGUCAAGUUACAGUCGAACACCGACACCCUUCAAAUGACUAAGCGUCAAUGCGAUUCGUCGGAGCAUACGCGAGAAAUACUCACCGUAAAAGUAACUGAAUUAACGGACAAAUUAGAUGCAACCAACUUACAAUUAUCGGAAUUAUGCAAAGAACGAGACAGUCUCCAGAAAACAUUGGACAACCUUCGAACCGAUAAACAAUCCGCUGAGCGAGGUAAAGCUGAAUUGAACACUGUUGUGGAUGGAUUGAACAGUGACUACGAAAAACUGCAAAAUGUCAACAGCAAACUGCAGAAAUAUGCCGAUUCGUUGGAUGAGGACAAGAAAUUGUUGGAGUUGGAAUUGCAACGCGUUACGAAGGAUAAGGAAAUUACGGAAAUGAAUUUACGAGCCGAAGAAGAACGCGGCAGCCGUAUGCGUGAAGAGACGAUAAUUCUGCGUGAGGAGCUGAACAAGUUGUAUCUAACGAGAGAUCUAUUGGAACAACAACGUUUGGAAUCGGAUGGAAUGUUGUCGAUAAUCGAAAAGCAAAAAAUGGAAUUGGAGUACGACAUCGACCGUUUGAGUUCCGAGCGAAUCGAUCUAUUGAAUCAAUUGGAAAAGUCAAGUUCUUCCAACGACAACGUAACCAUGGAGGCCAAGCAGUUGAAUGCUGCCAUUGCCGAAUUGGAGGCAGAAAGGAAUGCUCUGAAAAACACUACCGCUGAUCAAGCUGCUGAUUUGUCUGCCUUGAAGAAAGAAUUGAUUGUAGCGGAACAGACACGACUUGAAUUGGAUUCGGAGAAAUUGGCAGUCAGUGAAAAACUGAAGUUUUUGGAAAUCGACAAAGACAAGGUUGAACAGGAGCUGAGCUGCGUAAUGAGGGAAAGAGGUGAUUUGACGAAUCAAUUGGCAGUGGUAACGCGAAAGAAGGAGCAAAUUGGCGAAGAGCUGAUGAGAUUGAGACAGCGUUUGGAACAAGCCAAUGAGACUAACAACCGUUUGAAUCGCAGCUUAGAAGAUUUGGUCAAAGAAAAUGAAGAGAAAAUGAUAAUUAUCGACUCGCACGAGAAAGAACUGCAGAGGCUGCAGGAGCAAUUGGCAUCUCUUCGAUCCGAAAAGGAGGCACUUGAAGCAACAUUGUUCGACACAAAUACUACACUCGAAGCUACCGACAACAAAAAAGAUCAAUUAGAACGUGAAGUUCAAGAUUUGUUGAUCAAUAAGGAGAACAUGAAGAGUAACAUUCAACGAUUGACCAAAGACUUGGAGUCAAGCGAACGCCGAGCCCAAGAAAUGAAAGUUCAACUAACAAACGCGGCCGCCAAUCAGGAGGCAGAAUUUCUGGAAAAAAUCGCCUAUCUGAAAUCUCUCGGCGAAGACAAUGUCCGUAAAUUAAACGAAGAAAAGGAGCAGAUCCGUCAAUCUCUAGAGAAGCGUAUGCAACAAGCACUACAAGCAAUGGAGUCCACCAAAGAUGGGGAAUAUGAGAAUUUACGCGAACGAUAUGAAUCCCUUCAGCUGCACUUAGAUUCGAUUUGCCAGCAGCAUGAAGAAGUUAUGAUUCGUGCCGAAAAUGAGAAGCAGCAAGCACUGUUGAUUGCACAUCGAGACAAGCAGGCAGUGAUGGAAAAGUUGGAUCAAGUAGCACGGGAACUGGCAAACGAGAACGAAAAUAUGGAUCGUUUGAAGAGAGAAUUCGCAGCACGUGUUGAAAAAGAUCGAGGUGUAAACAAUCAGCUCAAGGAUGAAAUGGCCAAGUUGAGGACUAAGAUGGAAGAACAAAAGAUCAAGCUGGAAGAAAAGGUCAGUCAACUGGAAAUUUUUUUGAAUGGAAUGAGAGAAGAACGGGAUGCCGCCCAAAGAGAUGUCGAAGCGCUCAAGGUUCAGCAGCGCAUGACGGAGGACAAGGCCGAUUCUUUCAACAAUCAACUUCAGGAAACACUUCGAAAACUGAAAGAGACCGAGAACAUCAUGGAAAGUGUCCGGAAAGAAUUGAUUGACUCCAGACGUGCUCUGGCCGAUAGUAACAUUGAACGCGACAAGUAUGCAAAUACAAAUAAGGAUCUUCGCGAUCAUGUAAAACGUGUCGAAGGCCAGAAACGCGAACAGAGCCGCAAUCUAGAUGAAGCUGUUCAGAAAAUAGCUACACUCGAAGAGUCCCGAAAUACAAUGGACGUGGAAAAGACCCGAAUCUCUACCAUUCUAAAGGAAACUCAAAACAAUCUAGCAAAAUUGACCCAAGAGCAUCAAACUGCUCAAAAUACAAUUCAAAAGAUGCAACAAAGUUCAGGCCAGAAAGAUGUACAAGAAAAGGAACUACAAUCAAGGUUAUGCAACGAGACCGAAGAAAGAGAAAGAGUUCAGCAAGAAUUGCAUCAAGUGAAGAAACAGUUGUGUGAUUUGGACACAAAUCUUCAAGCAACUAGACAAGAAUUGGGUCGAGCUCGAUGCAAGGCAAAUCAAGACGAACACCGUUUCCACAAUCGCGAACAGGAAUUGUUAGGUCGAAUGGAAGAAGGACGUGGCCGCGAAAAGCGUUUGGAAGAUCAAAAACACAAUCUGGAAGUGUGUCUCGCCGAUGCCACUCAACAAAUUCAAGAGCUUAAAGCUAGAAUAGGGGCAGCUGAGGGAAGAAUCCGUGCAUUGGACGAACAAUUAGGUCAAACGGAUUGCGCAAAGAAAGAUGUAGAGAAUCGCUUGAGUUCCAUCGGGCAUACACUGCGUCGUAUCGCAGGGGUUCAGUUGGAUGGAUCUGUUAGCUUGCCGUACCGAUUGUUAAGUCCUUCGAGGCGUUACAGUCCAGCAAGAGGAGGUGGUCACGACUAUGACACCCGAAGCAUGACUUGUGAUGGCCCUUUGAUUGAUGUUGAUCCGGAAAUGGUUCGCAAAGGUGUACGAACUCUGAUGCAGCAAGUGGCACACAUUGAACGUGAAAAAGACGAUUAUAAAACGCAAUUAUGUACGGCAAAGAAACAGCUCCAGGAGGCGGGUGAACAACAUAAUCGUAGCGAGAACAAAAUUUCGAAGCUCCAACAAACACUGCGUGCAGUUCAGGAGGAUAAAUCAAAUGUUGAGGCAAAACUAACUCAAAAGACGACCACUUUGGCCAAUGUUGAGGAGGCAUUGAAGCAAAAGUCCGACGAAGCCAAUGCAUUACGUGAGCGAUGCAAUAGUUUGGAAUUACAAUUAGGAUCGGGCAAUGAGGAGAGAGGUCAAUGUGAGGAUCGUUUGGACAAAUGCCGUCAGAAUGGAGCCAGACUUGAAUCUGAAAAACGUCAUUUGCAAGAAGAAUUGGCUCGUUGUGACGGACGUGCCUCUAAACUUGAUCUGCAGCGCGUGGCACUUGAAGGAGAUAUACAACGACUUCAAAUGGCUCUACAGGAGAAGGACAACCACUUGCGCAACUUACAGGAACGCUUGGACAACCAGUCACGAUCGUCAACACAACUCGAAGACAGAUGCGUCGCCUUAAAAACAACUGUGGACCAAUUGAAGGAACGAUUGCAAGUUGCAGCAAUAACCGAAACGGAACUUCGUGGUGAGCUAAAUUGUCUUCAGAAACAAGGCGCUGAGCAGUCACACAAUGCCAUUGCCAAUCAAGAUAAAAUGAAACAAAUCCAAAAAUCAUUGUCGUCAAGCGAAAACGAACGCCGAAUUCUCAACGAACGGCUAGACGCUGCCCAGAACACCAUAAAUGAUUUGAGACGUUCGCAGCAAUCCCAACAGGAUGCAAUUCAACGACAGCAAGAGCAGGUAGCCGAAAUGGAAGUUCAAAAAUCGGCACUGGAAUCGCAAUUACGAAUUGCUAAGUGGAAUGAUAGCAGCGACCAGGUGGGUAAUGUGGGCGAAGAAGAUCUGUCUCGUCAGCUGAUGAACACCCAGCGUGAAAAGGCUGAACUGAAAGGAAAAGUGGAAGCGUUGAAUGAGAAAGUGCGUCAUCUGGAGAAUCUGAAGAGCAGCAAAUUUUCGGGACAAGUGAAAUUCGAUCGAUCCGAGAAGAGCUUGUACGGCGGUAACGAUGGCGAAUACGAUUCGAAUCGAUUGGAAACGGACAGCUGUUUCUCACGUGGCGGUGGCGGAACCGGUCACAUGAGUCUAAAUACGGGCUUCAAUUGUGGAUUGGACCAUUCAUUGAUCGAACAGGAGAAUCGUGAUCUUCGUAUGAAAGUGCGUCGCAUGGAAACGAUGUUAGCUGAAAAGGAAUCAGAGUUGGCUAGAGCAAAAGCUAAACUUUUCGAAAAUCCAAAAUGUCUUCCGGGUGACUCGGAUCGGUAUCGUUCAGCUCAACUGCAAGCGGAACGUUUACUGGAUGCCCGAGAACAGUCUCAUCGUCAACAAGUGCUGAGACUAGAAAAUCAAAUUUCUAUGCUUAGAGAGCAAUUAGCCCAAGAAGCUAAACGUCGGCAAAUGUAUAUUUUGAGAAGUACACGUGCCGGACGAGAUAUGCAUCAGCUAAGACAAACCCUUGGUGAUUCCUUAAGACAUGUUGCUCAAGAUCCGUUGGACUCAGGACUAUUGGAAAAUGAAACAAGAAGAUUGGACAGUGCCGUGUCGAUGAGUCUACCUCCGAACACGGGACGUGAUUACGACAGAAGUUUGAGUCCACGUUCAUAUAAAUGAAUUGUUUAAAUUGAAUGGCAUCGUAAUCGCUAAAUUUACUAUUUGAAGAAAUUGAACUAGUCAAAGAAAAGUCAAGUUAAAGUUUUCGUUUCUUUCAGGCAGCGCACAGAAAUACCCAAUCACUUCGAUGAGUUAUUGGACGCUGUCUUUCGUGAUAUUUUGUUUUAUUUUUUCUAUUUUAUUUAUUUUAGUUUAAAUCUUAAGUUUACCACCAAUCUCACAAUGUCAUUGCGACCACAAUUUUAUUUCCGGUUCCGUAUUUUCGUCGUCCCAGUUUUAAUUAAAACUUCUUUUUUUUCACCUUUAAUUUAGACAAAUUUAGUUCUCUCGUACGCGGAGAACGAGAGACCAUUAGAAUAAACAAAAGGAACACACUUUGCACGAAAAUGUGUUUCUAAACCUUUCCGUCCUUCGUAUUUGUGCACAUAGCUAGUAAUUCAGGUAGCUUAUUAUCCAUACAAUGUAACAAAACGUUACAAUGUUAUCACAAUUCUAUUCAUUGCAAUCACUUCCGUAAAUGAUUUUCAACUUACGGCGUGAUCGAAAUCCGCCGAACGGAUACGAUUCAUAUUUCUGGACUGCUAACCGUUUUUCGGAAUCGAAUUUUGGAUGGACAACUUUGCCAGCACCUACAGUAAUAUAAUUCAAGAAAAUCUGGGAUCUUUACUUAUUGGAUAAACACAGGACGAACGAGAUUGUAAAGCAUUUUGUAAAUAUUUGUUUCAAUCAAACCCAAUUCUUCAUUAAAAAAUGAAAGAGAGAUUUCUCUAACGACAGUAUGGGACAUCUAUGAGAUCGUUAGAUGCAACACGGUCUAAUAAUAUAAAAAAAAAAACAAUUUACGUGUGACGUAAAUUCAAAACUGGGUUUUAAAAAAGAGGAUAGUCCAAAACCGGUGAAAAAUGUUGCGAACAUAAACGCAACCACGCUGCAAUUGAUUAAUGGUCAAAACGAUCAAAAACAAGGUCGGAGGCGACAAAAGGUUGCCUCAAUAGAAUGCGUGUAUGAAUUUCUUUUAACCGGAUUUUUGUUCGUCUCUUUUAGUCGUUCAAAACAAGGUCUAUUUUUGGGAAUUUACUUUUUAAAAAUUCCGUAAAAUUCUUUCGAAAAAUUUCUUUAUUCAGAAAUUCAAGUGUUUUAAGGAAUUUUUUAGAAUUAAAUUUCCUAAAAUAGACCCUGUUUCAAAGUUCUAUCAUCCAAGUAUGUAAAAAUUUCAACUUUCAUGGGUAUACUUAACCUUUACACCAGUCAAGUGUUAAUAAUCAGAUUUAGUGUGUUGUGGAUGGUUUUCAAUUGCGAGUUCAACAGAACAUCUCAUUACUUUCAGAAGAAAAUACAUUUACCGUUUUUUUAACGGAACAUUUACACUGCCACUCAUUCACACAGUUACAAAUUAUUUUUAGAUUGAUAAUUAACCGGAAGACGCGCGGGUGUCUUCGAAACUCUCCCAUUUAUUAAUUAAUCAUUAUAGAGAAUGUGCACAAAUCCAUAAAUAAUAAAAAAAAAAACUUUUGAAUACUGCCAGUUUUCACCUCAUAAGGUACAAAGAAUUUUAGAAAAUUUAAAUUUAGAAAACGAACUAAACUAAAUUAGUUUCGAAUCAAUAAAU